AUGAAAACUCGUUUGUUGUUACUUUGUGUUUUUCUUUGUUGGUCACGAACAACAUCGAUCAUUGAUGAUUCCAAACCCGAUUUUCAACCUCGAAUAACAUUUCGAACGUGGAAACAAUCUAUUGCACUGGCCAAAUCCUUUGUUAAUCAAUUAACAUUAGAAGAAAAAUGUCAUUUGACAGCAGGUGUUGGUGGAACAUGUGCUGGUAAUGUUGCAUCAUUAGCGCGCGCUAAUUUUAGUGGUUUCUGUCUUCAAAAUACCCCAUCAGGUGUGGGUGAUGGUGUUUUAUAUUCAAUUGCUUUUCCUAGUGGUAUUCAUAUUGCAGCGACCUGGGAUCGAGAUUUGUUUUAUCGACGUGCUGUGGCAAUUAGAAAAGAAUUUCGAGCUAAUGAAACUAAUGAAAUACGAGCUUGUCAAAAUAAUAAAACACAAAAUGAUUUGUUGAAAGGAGAAAUAGGAUAUCUAGGAAAUAUAUUAAAUGACUGGAUGGGAGCGAAAUCAGCAAUCAAUCCAAUUUUAUCCGGAUUAGAUAUCGAUAUGCCAGGGACUGAUGAAUAUAUGGGAGAUAUUUUAGCCAAAUUUGUUCAAAAUGGAAGUAUUCCUCAAUCAAGAAUUGAUGAUAUGGUUAUACGAAUUAUCGCACCAUAUUAUCUUGUUGGACAAGAUCCGAAUUAUCCAACAAUUGAUCUUGAUCGUAAUGUUAUGGGAAACAAUUAUCUAAUUAAUCGAAAAAUUAGUCGUGCUGGUAUGAUUUUAUUAAAGAAUAUCAACAAUAUUUUACCGUUGAAUUUUUCUAUAAAUACAAAUAUUUAUAUAUAUGGACAAGCAGCUGGUCAAACCAAUUGUGGAAGUGCUUUAUAUCAAGGUGGUGGUUCAGGUUUUGUUCGUCCAUCUUAUGCAAUAGAUCCUCUCACUGCAUUGAUGCAAAAUGGCCGAGAAAAUCAUCUUCAAAUUCGAUAUAUUACUAAUCAAAACGACUUUGUUUCGAUUAAUCGAACAUUUCAUGAUCGUGCUUUUCAAAAUGCCAUAUGUCUCGUAUUUAUUAGUGCUUGGUCAGAAGAAGGAGUCGAUCGAACUGAUCUAUAUACAUUUGAUAAGGGUGAACAACUUGUUUUAACUGUUGCUGAGAAUUGUCGUCAAACUAUUGUUCUUGUUAAUAGUGUUUCACAAUUGAAUCUUGAACGAUGGAUUGAUCAUCCAAAUGUUGUUGGAACUAUUUGGACGGGUAUGCCUGGUUCGGUAUAUGGAUCUGCUCUUGUUGAUAUUCUCUUUGGUGAUUAUAAUCCAGGUGAAAAACUUGUUUUUUCAUUGGCUAAAAAUGAUUCUGAUUUUGGAACUGAUGUUAGUCCAAGUGGAGAUUCAAAUUAUCCAGAAGGUAUUUUCUUAGAUUAUCGUCAUUUUGAUAAAUACAAUAUAACACCAAGAUAUUAUUUUGUAUAUGGUUUUUCAUACACGAAUUUCUCAUUUGAUCAACUCGAUAUUUCACAAGUAAAUAAUGAUGAUGAUGAUGAUGAUCAAAACUCUCCUUCAUCAAUUCAUAAACAACGUCGAAUAAGACCUUAUAAUAAUUUUGUCCAUUCAGGAUUAUAUGAUCCUGUUUAUACAAUUACAUGUAUAAUUAAAAAUAUUGGUAAGUUUUAUGGAUCCGAAGUUGUCCAAUUAUAUCUGAAUUUUCCCAUUGAAGCCCAAGAACCAUUGAAAAUCUUACGAGAAUUUCAACGAGUUUAUUUAGAAGCGAAUCAAUCCAAACAAGUCGCAUUACAUUUUGGAUAUCAACUUCUGCUAACAAUGCUGCUAUUAAACUUCAAGGCUCUUUUAAUAUUUAAAUUUAUAAGAAUUUCUUAUAAGUUAAAAUGGACAUUGCAUUCUCCUUUUUUUCUCUUCAUAAUGAAGCGUAAUAUCUUGCAAAGUAUCUUUACCUAUAGGUCAUUAAUUAUCAUACAGCUUCAUCGUCAAAUUCAUUUGUGUUAUUUCGUAUGCGUUUCAUAUUGA